AUGGCAUCUAAUACAUAUGCAAAGGCAUAUAGAACCGAUCCACGAGUACAAAAGAAUGAAGAAUUUGCUUUCAUCAGCUACAUGGAAGAACCGAAUAGUUUUAGUGUUGUAUCUGUUAAAAGGUUGAUUGAUGUUGAUCAGUUUCGAAAAGGCUUUAUUCGAGAAAAAAACAAAAAUUAUCGUAUUACCGUAGAGCGAAUUGGUACACUAGUCGAUAUGGAACAGCUAGCCAAGGAAACAGAAGAAUUAUCUACCUAUACAAUGAACGCUGAUAUUGUAUCUGAUACUGAAGAAUGGCUUAAACGAAAAAAAUCGGUGAUAAACAAAAAUCAAGACCAAACGAAUUUGGAUGAAAAUCGAACAUAUACAACACUAACUACAAGUUCAUUCGACGAAUUAGAUAAAGCUGUAGAUGUUUCUCGAGUUUCAUCGGACGACGACGACGACGACGACGAUGAUGAUGAAAACUGUGAUGAGCUACAAGGGAAGAAUAAAAUCAUUGGUUAUCAACAUUCAAUAACUCCUCUCAAUCGUGAACCAGCAACAAAGUCGAAGAAACGUAAACUAUCAACAAUCUCUCGACGAUCAUCUGCAAAGCGACUUCGACCACAUGAUAUUUCGACACCAACUGCUAAUCAAGAUACGCCUGAUGUUAAUCAAUCAUCAUAUUCUAUUCUCAAAGAACUGAAUCAUAAUUUUAUUCAUCUUCGUAAGCAAAUAGGUGGUCUUAUACAAUUAUAUGAUCAUCAUAAACAAACACUCGAGUUAAUUUUACACAAUCAAAAGAAAAUGGUGAAAGCUAUGCGACAUCAUCAAAUUCCAAUUAUAUUGUCAGACGACACAGGAAUUCAAACAUCAACAAACACUACCAAUGGUGGUAGUUGUGUUUACAAAUUCAGCACAGGUGAAGAACUUGAUCUCAUUCAAAUUCCAGCUGAUCGAACGAAACCAAACAAAUUUGUUUUAAAUGCUAUUGAUAAAAUAUUUAAGGAUGAACAAGAACUUCUUGAUAUUGAUCCACGUUGUCUUAAUACAGAUAAACGAAUUACAAUUAUUCAAGAUGCUGUUCAAAUCAAGUUUGGUUUAACAUGUGAUGAACUAGCAACAGUUUGGAUACCGAUGCUUGAAUGUAUCAAGUCAAAAAGAAGAAAUAUUAAAGCUAAACAUCGAAAAAGUACUCUCAUAUCUGAUAUCAAAGACCUUAGUGGUUGUUCUGAAAAUCAAUUAACACAAUCGAAUAGUUCUAUUGUUGACUUUGAAAAACAAUCAACACAAUUGAUAUCAUUAAUACCACAAAACAUGAACAUUCCCGAAGUAAAUGAACAGAAUUAA